GACGCGGCCAAUCGGCUUCCGAGGAGGGCAAGGCUCUGUCCAAUGAGGGAAGACAGCCUCCACAGCCCCGCCUCCCACCGGCCAGAGGCUGUGUCCCGAGCGCGGGCGUCUAGCUGGAGGGAAGUUCCCGAGAGUGCGCUGAGCGCCAUCCCCGCGGAUCCUGCGCGUGCCCGUGCUCCGUGGGCAGCGUGUCUGCUUCUUCUGAAGGAUAAAUUCAGUCCCGGUUACUCCAUUUGCCCAGAAAUCCAAGCCAGUAGCAGAAGUGAGUUAUACUCUAUUGCAACUCAUCAUGAAUUCUAUGAAGCCAGAAGAGAACAAGUCACUCAGUGCUCCAGAGAAUGACCAGAGUACCAGAACUGAAGUUUCAAAGGAUACUGUCACGAAGAGGACAUGUUCCGGCACACCUGUUAAUCAUUCUCAAUCUGAUGUAAGAGAAUGUAGCAGCACUGUUGCACUUAGAAGUGAAGUCAUUAAGCAUGAGGCAUCCCUUGAAAUUCCGAACCCAAAUUUGAGCACCAAUGAAAUAUAUGAUUUUACCUUUAGUUUUCAUGGAAGGUUCAAGAAGACAGACCAUAGUAAGUUUACAGCAUAUGGUAAACUCAAUGACAGUAUCUACUCAGCUCUGAAAGCUAAUGACAGUUUCAAUGAAAAGGUGAAGAAGCAUCUUAAUAAGAGCAUUAUUGUUUUUGAAAAAGAAAAAAUAAAAGGAUAUAUAAAUUUAGGAAUGCCUCUCAAGUGCCUACCCACAGAGUCCCAUUUUAAAAUAACAUUUGGUUGUAAUCGGGAAGGUGGUCAGAUAUUACGCCAAUAUGAGAAUCUAAACGUCAAAUGCAUUCUUUUCCACAUUGUUGCUCUUGGGAAGAACACAAAGACGAUUCUCAAGAUCAAGGAACUUCAUGAAAAAGGAGCUACACUUUGUAUCUAUGCCUUGAAGGGUGAGACUAUCAGAGAAGCUCUUAUUAAGGAUGGCCGAUUCCGGUCUGAUCUAGAUGAAUUGGAAUGGAAACUAGUGGAACAGCAUAAGAAUAUUUACGAAAAACAGACCAUAGUGGAUGUAGUAUCUGGAAAACUGUUAGAAGUGGACAUUCCCCUCAAGAAAGUCAAGAAAGGUACCCAUAAAGAAAUUAAACAGGAGAAUGAAAAUACCACUGAUGAAAUCAGUCCCCAGGAUCUGUUAGAGUCUCAGGUGGAGGUCCACAAACAAGAAGAAGAUGGGGAGGCUGAAGGUGUCGAAGACAACAGAGAAGAAACUCUCCCAUCUCAAAGUCUAGGGCAUGAUAUUGAAGGUAAAAGACAAAGGACAAAAUCCAAACUUAGGCAGUAUUAUAAUAGUUUGAACAGACAUUAUAGGGGAAAAAACAGACGAGUUAGGCAAAGGCUCCAUCUGGGCAUGCCAUAUCCUGUUAAACGAGCUAUCCAGAAGCAGGCGACUGAUCUCUGGCUAAAGAAUUUCCAAAUAUUGGAUGAAGCUAUAAUGCCUCAAUAUCCAAAUUUUAAAAAAGACGCACUAUGGUUAAAAAAUUAUUUUCAGGAACAACAGAAGAGAAAAAAACUACCACCAUAUAAACAAUUCAACAUAUAUAAAAAAUACUUAGGGAAAGUGACUGAAAAUUCGACUUCAGUUGCAACCUGUGAACAUCUUGUUGAACUUAGUAAGUCAGUUGGAUUCAUGGCAUGGGACAAUAAUGGAAACACAGGCACUGCAACUUGCUUUGUCUUCAGGGAUAAUUAUAUCUUCACCUGUCGACAUGUUGUACAUCUUUUGGUGGGAAAUGACACAGAUCCAAGUUGCUGGCCAAAUAUAAUAAGCAAAUGUGCAAAGGUAACUUUUUCCUACAAAGAAUUCUGCCCAGUUGGUGUUGACUGGUUUUCCUUUGAGCCGUGGCUUGAAGUGUCUGAUGAAACUCUAGAUUAUGCCAUAUUAAAGUUAAGAGAAAAUGGAAACGGAUUUCCUGCAGGCCUAUUUGGACAAAUGUCCUCUCCACCAUCUAAUGGGUUGAUUUAUUUAAUUGGUCACCCAGAAAGCCAGGUCAAAAAAAUAGAUGGUUGUGCUGUCAUUCCUCUAAAUCAACGUUUAGGGAGGUACUCAGAGCUUCUCCAAAAUGAGGUGGCAGGACCUCAUGCUGCCACCUAUAAUACUUGCCCUAUGUUUACCCAAAGAAGUUUCCUAUCAGAGGCUUGGUGCACAGACACAGUUAGUUAUGAUACUUAUUUUUCUAGUGGGUCCUCUGGCUCCCCAGUGUUUGAUGCAUCUGGCAAAUUGGUUGCUGUGCAUACCUUCGGGCAUUUUUAUAAACGUGCAGGUAUAGUUCAUGCCCUUAUUGAAUUUGGUUGUUCUAUGGAUGCAAUUCUUUCUGAUAUUGAACAAAAAAAGGAGAUCUUGUACAAUUUAUUAACUGAAAAGAAAAAUGAGAACCACAAUGAAGACAGAAAUAAACAGUUGUCACUUAAAGAUCAUUGGAUUGAACCCAUGGAACAUUAGAAAAAAGAAGCUGCCUUCAAGAAAAUAUGCCAAUAACAUAGAGUAUUUGGGGCUGUUUCCUUUAAUUAUAAUGAAUAUUCCUUCUUAAUUAGAAAACUUAGAGAAUCAUGUGGAUGUGUAAAACACCUAUUAGAGCUCAAAUAAAGGUAUUUUUUUCUCAUUG